AUGGAUGCUGCUUCGAAGGAAGAGCCACAGACUAGGAAGCGAAGGUCGAGGACGAGCAACUCUCCGGACAAUAGUGGUGAUGAUGGAAAGAAGCGUGGGAGGCCGAGGGUCGAGAAGCAGGAUGAGUCUGCUGCGGAUCGUCGACGAACACAGAUCCGCAUGGCCCAAAGGGCUUACCGUCAACGCAAGGAGAGCACACUCGAAGAGCUCCGCAAGCGCGUGUCCGAACUCACCAACAUGAUCGAGCUCAUGAACAAGGCCUUCAUCGAUUGUCGAGAUAAACUCGCUUCCUCCGGCAUGCCUGCCAACCAGAUCCAAGACAUGCGAGAGACGUCGAUGCAGUUCGAAGCGCUGCUGAAGUGCGCGAGGAACCCUGGCGAGGAGUGCGAUCCGGAGAUCACGCAGAUCAUUCAGCAGAGCUCCGGCAGCAAUGACGGCGAUCAGAACAAGACGAUGCAGCCGAAGAAUGUUCCUUCGUGGAUGGACGAGGCGGCUGUGCAGGCGGUUUCGAGGCCGAGAGGAUCCACCGCUCAGGUCGGGAUGGGCUACGAGAUGUACAACGACCAAGGUACGGAUGAGAUGGACAUUGACUAUCUGGGCGACUUUGGACAGUCUCAGGCUAUUGGUCCUGCAAAGCCGAGUAGCCUCAGCUCGUUUGAUGCUUUCAGGAUGGAUAUGCCCACCUCGAUGAACAUACCGGCUUCGCUUACCUCUCCGAUGACAUACAGCUUCCAAGAGACGACGUUCGGAAGACGACUGCAUAGAGCGUGUCUGGAGCAGGGUUAUCAGCUGUUGCUUGACCCCGACCGCAGACCUCAUACGUUCGAGAGGGUCUUUAAGCUGUCGCUGAUGAGCAGAGACAGAGCGAAGCUGACCACUGCUAUGAAGGCAUUGUUGGAUAGAGGCCCCCAUGAAAACCUGCAUACCAACGUCCCUCUGAUUCAUGUCGGAGGUGCCGGAACGCAUUAUCCUCGUCGAGAUCCAUUUGGCAAUAUGCAGCCCAAGAAAGAGUCGUGGAAUCUUGGCGUAGUGGGCCCGCAGACUCUGGCAUUGUUGGAGAACGCGGCGCGGGACAACCUCACAACGGACAUGACUGUUGACAUCGCCGGGUUCGAAGGAGAAUGGUUCGAUCCGUACGACGUAGAAGGCUAUCUUCACGAGAAGGGUAUCUUCAUCGAUCCGUCCUCGUCAUUCGCCGAAGCGGAAGUCUUCGUCUGGCCGACUGCAGGAUCCACAACGUCGACGACGUUCUCCUCAGCGACCUCGCCCAAGACACCCGAUGCGCGAAGCGCCAGAGACUCCGGCCCACCGAGACCCUUCGACCAGGACCAGCUCGAGUUCCUCUCCCGCUACGACGCACUGCCGGAUGAAGUGAACGAGUUCACGACGAUGAACCUGACAGAUAUCGGCUUCUCAGAUGCGUCGACCGGCUCCUGGAUGAACUUCCUCCAGCCUGGGCAGGGAACCAAGAACCACUCAGCGUCCGUCGUGGAUCCAUCCCUGACGGCCAUGAAUACGUGGGAAGGCAGCCAUUCGUCUGAGUUCUUGCAGGAUUCGUCGACGUCGCGGAUGAGCAUGUUCAAUAAGCCGGUGAAUGGCCAGGCGCAAUCGCAGGAGAAGAAGGUCAUCAUUAUUGAUGUCAGCAAGUUCGUGAAGGUUUUGACUGUGUCUGGUGUUUGCAUUGGACGGGGUCCGGGGUUCAAGAGGAGGGAUGUUGAUCGGGCGUUGGCGCUGUCGUCGUUUGAUGCGUUCUAG